AUGGUGAUUCCUGUGGAGAACCAUUGUUUUGAGCGUGUCCGACGAUAUCAACGACCUCCCGAGUAUGGAUAUUCGAUUCGCUAUCCUAGGCCAAGAUUGAGGCUAGAGUUGUGGGAGAGAGCCAAAGGAGGAGGGGGAGGUGGUGGAGGAGAUUAUGGAGGUGGAGGAGCGGAAGGUGUAGAGGAGGGAGAAGAUGAGAUAGGAGAUGAGGGAGGUGGAGACGAGGAUGUAGACAUUGGUGGGGACACCAAGUCUAUCAAUAGUGGGGAUAUCGAUGAUUCUUCAGAGGGCGGGCGCAGGAGGCGGCGGCACGGGGGCGGCACUGGGGCAGCGCAGCUAGCGGCGGGCGGCGCGCUGGCUGCGGGCGGGCGACUGGCGGCGCGCAGGCGACAGGGUAGUGCGCCGGCGGCGCGGCGGAGGAUACCGCCGGCGGCGGCGGCGGCGGCCGGGCGGGGGUUCUCUUGGAAGCAGCGGCGCGCUGGCUACUGCUGGCUGCGCGAUGGGAUGUCUUUUGAAUUGAAUAGUGCGUUAGUUAUUGGCUUAUGCACUUUUGGAGGUGGGAUUGUUGGUGUUGUUGAUGGGGUUAUCGGUGUUGCUGAUGUUGCUAAGGGCACUGAUGGGUUUAUCAAUGCUGUUGAUGUUGCUGGUGGUACUGGUGCUGCUGAUGGGUUUGUUGGUGCUAUUGAUGCUGCUGGUGGGAUUAUCGGUCUUGUUUAUUUUGCUGGUGCCCUUGAUAGGAUUGUUGUUGCCGCAGAUAUAGUCAAGGAUUGCAUCCUUGGAGCUGGGAUGUCUUUUGAAUUGAAUAGUGCAAUAGUUAUUGGCUUAUGCACUUUUGGAGGUGGGAUUGUUGGUGUAGCUGAUGGGGUUAUCGGUGUUGUUGAUGUUGCUGAGGGAACUAAUGUUGCUGAUGGGUUUAUCGGUGCUGUUGAUGUUGCUGGUGGUACUGAUGCUACUGAUGGGUUUGCUGGUGUUCUUGAUGCUUCUGGUGGGAUUAUCGGUCUUGUUGAUGUUGCUGGUGCCUUUGAUAGGGUUGUUGGUGCUGCAGAUAUAGUCAAGGAUUGCAUCCUUGGAGUAAAUGGCUGA